AUGGGAACACUUGCACCCACUCAAGCCACCACCAUAUCAUUGCGCCUUGAUGCAAUGGGAAUGGCAGAUAAACUCAUGUCGUUCAUGACCUGGAUACUGCCCCAUGUGUUGGGCACUGACGGAGCAAGCAACUUGGUCAAUUUUCCACCAUCCAUUUCAGCCGAAACCGCAACCAUCACCACCACCGAAUCCUUGGACUGUACGCUUCACCUGUCUCACGUGUUGGUUGCGGUAACAAACCAAGAUUUAGGAAUCGAUGUGUAUAUAUGUCAAAGUUCCGCCCAUCAUUUUCCACCAAACUAUGUGAGAAUUGUGGCUGCGCUCACCCCCGGUGACGGCGACUUACGACAGACGAGAAAAGAGCACUUCCUGUUACACGCCAGCUUGGUGGCGGCGUGA